AUGGCCUCUCUGGACCUGCCAUACCGCUGUCCUCGCUGUGGGGAGCACAAGCGCUUCCGAAGCCUGUCGUCCUUGCGUGCCCACCUGGAGUACAACCACACAUACGAGACCCUCUACGUCCUCUCUAAGUCCAACAGUGUGUGUGACGCCGCAGCUUUGCUGCCCCUUGUGGCAGAAGGAGCUCUCCUCACGCCCGCCAACAACAACGAACCAUUUGAGCCGCUGCGGCCUUCAGCUUUAAAGGAGCGGCGCUUCCCCUGCCGUGAGCUUCCCUGUCCCGACGACUUGAGUUUGACCCCAGCCAACUCCAACACCGCGGCCAGGUAUAUCCCCAAUGUGGAGUUUCCCCUUGGGGAGAUUUUCAUGAAGAAAGCCAUGACAUCCACAGACCCUGGUCCCCAUGGAAACCCCAGCACAGCUGUAGCGGUGGCAGCUAAUGUAGCGGCCAGUGCUGUAGAGGCGGCUUAUGAGGAAGGUCUGGCCAGGCUGAAGGCUCGGGCGUUUGAACGACUGGAGCUGGAUGAAAGGCUGGAGAAGCUUUCUGAAGAGGUACAGAGCAUAACUACACCGGCAUAUGGCUAAAUAAAGGAAUACAAGCUCAGCAGACAUCAGCAAACUUUAAAAUACAAAGUUUAUGAGCCAGAGCUGGACACUGACAACUUACUUGGUACAUUGCUACUUUGUUCUUCAUACAAAAGGCGGUGAAAACAUAAUGGUAAAAAUAGAUCUUGAAGUAUUUGAUACAGGAAACCUUUAAAUUUGACAGAACUCGAAGAUUUCUCUGAGAUAAAAGAAACACGUGCUGUAUCUUUAAAACCCGUCCACAUAAAGAAGUUUUCUAACAGAUUUCUUUGAAAGACAUCAUCCUCAGUACAAGUUAAAGUCAAUAACUACACCUAAAAGAAUACUCACCUCUCAGAUCAGAAUAAUAAACCAUCCAAUAAUGGUGUUGACACUCAAGAUUGCAUGAUGAGGACUCAGAAAGUCCCAAAAACUGAAGGUUAACAAAGAUGAGGCUUCUUGAAAAGGCAUGGUCAUUUUUAAUUCUUCAUUUCUACAAAGAUGAUUCAUGCAUGCAUGAUGCCGUUCUGAUCCAGAGAGAUUUUGCAGACAUUAGGGAACAACUGUGUGGUUAAGAUGAUCCAAAAGAAUUAAGCCUGUUCUGGUGUUGUUAUAAUUUUAGAUGCCUCAUUUGCAUUGCAAGUUAUUUUCUACUGAUUAAAGUUGGACAUUAGGCGGCUCAUAUGCUUCUUGUCCUGUAGGUGGAGCAGAAAAUAGCGGCCCGCGUAGGUCGUCUUCAGGCGGAGCUGGAGAGGAAGAGCUCCGAGCUGGAGCGAGCCAAACAGGAGAGCGAGCGGCUGAGCCAGGAGAAACAGGACCUGGAGGACAAGGCCUCAGAGCUCUCCCGGCAGGUGGACGUCUCUGUGGAAAUGUUAGCCAGCCUGAAGCAGGACCUCGUGAACAAGGAGGAGGAGCUCACUCACAAGCAACAGUAAGUGAUUUAUUUCUGACCUGGAGCGGGUUUAGAGCUGCUGCUGAUCUGUUGCUGUGCUUUUUUGCAACGUGUGUAAAUCAAGAAAGAUGUGUCAUUAAAAGCUGGACUGCCUGUUCAAUAACUUAGUACUAAGCUGAUAUAUUACAGGGAUCAAGUUACUAUUGAAGCAAAAAUGCCCUAAAAUCUCAAAGUAAUGCCUCUUAAAUGUGAAUUUUUUUAGGACUGAGCCUAAAUUCAUGACAUCUUUAUUCUACUCCAAUCAGCCCCUUUCACACAUGCACUUCCCUCCUGGAAAGUUCUCGACAUUGUCACAAAGAAGCUGCUGACUUUCUCUCGAUUCAAAAACAUUCAUGAUCUCCAUAACUGCCUUUCACGCUAUCUUCAAACUAAAAAGAUUUGGGUGUUCAGUGUCGUGGAACUUUCAGAGAGAAGUGCACGUGUGAAAAGGGCUAAGGAGAAUGAAGAGGCCAUGAAUUUAAAACUCAGUCCUAAAAUAUAUGUCUUCUACUUUUACGAGUCAUUAAAACAGUCCCGGAUUAAAUGAACACCACUAACUUUUGCACCAUCUGGCAGACUUGACAUAAGAUUGAGAAAGAUUGAAAACUUGUCUUUUAAUAAACCUAUUUCAGGAAAGGAGUAAAAAGUGAACACCCUUGAAAAUCAGUACCCUUGGUGUCAGUACAGACAGCUCUUAUAUAUUCAUUACCUUCUCUCUUCUGAACACAUUGUCAUGCACAUUUCCCUUCUCUCCUUCACCUCUGUCUCUCUGUGAAGGAGUAAUUCUCAGUCAUAUCCUCCCACCAGAUGUGGUCAGCAUCUGUCCCACUGCUGUCUCCAUUUACCCAUACCCUGCAGCGCCAGUUAGCUGCUCAGGCUGAAAGGGAGACUCGGGAACAGCUGGGUCUGCAGCAGAGAUGUCUGGUUACUCCUCCACCUGUCUCUGUCUCGGGCCUGUCCCUCUGUAAAGUUGCCAUGCUGCUUCAUGAGGUUGUUAAAGUGCAGCCGCUGGAAAUAGAAGAAGUCCUUGAAUGUAAAUCACAGCGUGGGGAUGCACGUUAUUGUUGGUUUUGAAUCGGAUAAGCAUGAUUUGCAGUUCUCCCGCAGCAUGGUGCAAAAAGUAUGAAAGGCAGAGUAGUUUUAAUUAAUCUCAGUCAUUUAUCGUGUGUGCCAAACAUCAGCUCUAAUUUUAGUUUGUUUGGAAAGCUAGAAGCAAUGCAAACAUAAUAAUGGACGGAAACAAAGCAGUGCAUUCAUUUUCUAGAUUUAACAUAAUAUUUCUCCUUUUUUUUUCUUUCUGGGAUUGGAUUGGGCUCUUUGCUCAAACACUGCCAUUGACAUUCAAAACAUAUAGUUAUUGUCCUCUUUUAUAGUUGAGGCCAUGGUACUUUUAUGGUCUCUACAUGCACUAACACAGGCUCUCGUGAUCCGAACUAUCAGCCAAAGCUCGUAUUGAAGUCAUCUGGUGUCUGUAUUGUGUUUUUAUCUGACAGGACAGCCAGCCUCUUCUCUCUAUCUUCUCUCUGGUUUUUAUCACUUCCCCUCAGUUUCUUUAUCAGCCCAAUGUCAGCAGGUCAGAGACUGUAAGGCGCUUGGCCUCUAUCUAUUCACAGACAACAGCACAUAUCAGUGCACUGUGUGUGUGUGUGUCUGUAUGUACAGGCCUGUGGAUAUGUCCUUUACUGAUUUACAGUGAACUGAAACCAGUGUUGUUUCAGUUUCAAGUCAUUGUACCAUCUUUGGUAUCAGUGUCAUAGUCAAAAUUUUGGUAUUGCCACAACACUGCAACAGACAUUCAAAAUUUACCACCUGUCUAAUGAACCUGGCCCAGGUUGGAGCCGUUUUUACAUCUUGAGCCCACAUAACCGGGCCACGGUCUGUUUUUACACCCUUGUACUUUUGAAUGAAUCCACAGAGGUGCGAUAUCGAGUUCCCUGUAAUCUCACAUUUGAAUACAACGUUCUGGGAGUUCAGUAGGCACACCGCGAAGCUGAACCACACUCAGGCAUGCACACACAGCGCUGCUCUGCCCCGCAUUGAUUGUGGGUGGAUUGAUCUUCAACCUUACAUAAAUCCUGUCUCACCUGGUGACUCCUCUGUUACUACCUCAGACUCCGUGACAGUUGAAUGUGAGACUCCGACCUUAAAGUUGCUCUACAGAGUCAAUGUUUUUAAGUGUUAUUUGAUCCCCUUGAUUGUGUUUAGGUGUUUACCCACAGUCCAUAUUAUCUAUUGCUGUCUUUUUCCCAGCAUCCUCUGAGCUCAGCUUCUAAAAGUCUACCUUUAAAAUCCCACACUCUAAGUUUUUCACAGCUCCUUCAAUAAUUUCCUAUGAAUAUCCUCUUUGUGUCUUUAGUGUCAAAUAGCUGUUAUUUUUUUCUUUUUCCAUUAUCAGAGAGAGAUGGUUCAACCUGUAAUAAAAGCUGGCUUAUCUAAUCUUGUGACAGAAUGAAACAAACAGUGUUUCAAUGCAGUGAAUAAAAAGGAGGAGAAAAAAAAGUGUUCUUUUCUUCUGUUUAGUCCAGCUCUUCUCCUCUAAAGGUCACAGUGUCUGCGCUUGUGUUAUCCAAACUUGGCAGUGUCAAACUGGGAAGGUCAUUCCCUUAAACUCCUGUUUGCCUCCUAGCUGUGCCAGCAGCCCCGUCUCUCCUUCUCCUUACUCUCCUUCGUCUGUGCCUUUGAGGAGAAGCUGGCAGUCAAACAAAAAGCUCAUUCAGACUCUAAAACGCAGAGUCUGAUGUGGAAAAAGAGCAUCACAGUCGGUGAAUGUUCAGCGGGGUUGAUGACUAAGCAGUAGUUAGCAGACACAGAGCAGCUUAUUGAGUCAAAUCUGUCCGUCUAAUUCACCCAGCUGAUUUUUUAAAGCACUGUUAAAGCUCAAAAGUGGCUUUUGGGGAAUCUGUGAAACUCCUUCAAAGAAAUGUGCAUCAUGUUUGCACAUCCAUGGUGGCAAAUGCUAAAAAUGUGAGUCACCUCCCUUUGAGUUGCUAUGCAACCAGAGGAAACUCCUACGACCGGCUUUCACUGUGAGGAUCAGUAUGCAUAAAAUGUGACACAACAUAAUAAUUUAUUCAGCACACAGGAACACUGUAAACAUUUAUGAGGAGCACGCAAAAUGCCGCAGGUACAGUAAGUCUUUAGACUGUAAUCUCAGUGUGCAGUUCGAGUUUGCAGCAAAAUUCAUUCACAAACAACAACAAUACGCAAAGAAAGCCACACCGCCUCCUCUGUGACAGUCACAGAAAAUGCAUACUGAUAAACAUCACUCCACUCUGUAGCAUCUACACUAAAUGAAUAACAGAGUCCCUGGAGCGUGGCUGUUAAGUGGUUCAGUGGCAGCUGGAAGAAACGCGAGCAGCUGUAAUCAGCAGAAACUGCAGCCUGAGGAGGAAUGAGAAAUGGUGGGGCGGUUAUCUCCAUCAUUUCAGCGAGCUACAGAUUCUCUCUCACAUUAGGCAAACAACCUCAUUUUGUGGCUGUCACAGAAAUGCUCCCAAUACUGUCUGAAUCUUUCCAGCUAUUAUGGAUGUCUUGAAGAACUACAGCAAGGUUCAUUUAGCCACAAUCAUAUUAUUACAUUCACUAAUAGGCCAAUUGUCUUAUUAUUGUUCCAGUAGAUUAUUUUGAAGAGCUCUCUAAUUAACUUUGAUCUUGUCUGUAACAUUUAAUACAGCACAGUUUGUGAUCUGUUUUAAUGAUGGCUGGCCUCACUGAGCGCUCCUGCAGCAGGACAUUAUACUGCCCUGUGCCCCAGCAGCUGCCGGAUUAUCAGGCGCUUCUUUUCUUUCUUAAUCCUGCUUUAUCUCAUGGGACAGGUGUGUGUGUGAGUUGUACAGGGGGAUAAUACAGUGCCAUUUACACCUGUUUAAUCCUUACAAUCGAGUGACACAAAUAAGAGCUCAAACAAUCAGUUAAUUUAUAGAUUUGUUCGUUCAUAUACUUUGGGAUUUUAUUCCAUUUUUCAUUACAGACUUUGAUUUUACUCAGUUGUCUGCUUUGUAUGGUUUACAUUUGUUUCAUUGUUUGGUAUUUAUUGCAGUUGUGAAGUACCUUGUUAUCUCUAUUGAAAAGUGCUAUACAAGUAAAGUAUUUAUUCAUUGUUAUUGGAAUGAUAUAAAGUGCAAAGCAGAAUCAAGGACCAGAAAUCUAUACCCUUACUUGUUGGAGUUAUUUAUUUCUUUUAGGUGAUUAUUUAUGAAUGAGACCAAUUAUCUCCCACUUAGUGUUCAAAUGACCAAUUAGGAUUCAUGCAAGGUAAUUUAAAAAGAGCUGAUGUUGGCUGGCUAAUGUUUACUCUUUCAAGCAGCAAACUGGUGUUGGAAAUUGAAGCCAACACAGAGGCUGCAGUUCCUCCGGUCUCCACUUGAGGUUGGCUUCAAAAGCCAGAAAAAAAACUCAGUUUUUACAGCAGAAUUAAACCUGCUCACAGCCUGGCCCAAGGAACAAAUUUGAUUCCAGUUGCUCAUAUCUGUUACAUUAUCAGUGACAACUACAGAUGGAGUGAUUUCGAUGGUUAAGAUUCAUGCAAAAUUAGGGGCGUUGCUGAUUUUUUUUAGUCAGUAUUACCAAUAUGACCCUUACAAGUUGAACAAACUGAUUGGGCGCUCACACCAAGCGCAGGUAAAAUCAUCUACUCACUUAAUUCGCGCACAUGUAGACGUGUGAAUGAACAGUAUUUACUCACUGCAUUUGUGCAUCAACAGUAAUUUCAACCAUAAUUCCUGCCUAUUCAAACGGCGAGAUCAAGUGAUAGACAAAGUUUUUUUUUUUUUUUUGCAAUUUACCAGGUAAUCCGACCUCUUCACUCACUUGCCUCCAGGCGAGCUCCUUUUUAUUCUGGUUUGAUAAUUAAAAGAAAAGGUAUCCUAUAAUUCAGGGCACCCACACACCGACGUAAUCAGUUUGUCCUCCAUUUUAGAUACCAGUGAACAACCGCCCAUUUCAUACGCCACCUGGCAACCCUCAUGCUGAUUGGUUAUCAUGACCGCGAAUAUCCACUCAAGUUGAGACGUUUUCAGCUCCCGCCCAAUUCGCGUCAUUUGCGCCGCCAGAGGAGUAGGAGCGUCUAAUCACGUCUUUGCAUUGACUUAACAUGUAAUUCAGUCACGCGAAUGAUUGUACUAACACUUGGUGUGUGAAGACAGUAAGACUAUCUUUAUGAUAGGCACAGUCCAUGGUUCCUAUGGUUCCUGGUCUAUAGUUCCUUCAUCUGGAGACUGGCUUGUCUUUUUCAGGGAUUAAAGUCUUCUACAUUUAAGCCUCUGCGGCUUUAUUUUGUAGACACAUAAUUGGCUUUGGGACAAUUUUAGGCUUAUUUCUGUUUAAUUUUCGGACACUUUUGUAAAAACUUGAAGUACUUGAAAUAUUCAUGUUUACAGAUCUUUGAAAUACUUUUGUAAUACUUCUUUGCCAUUUUUGUUGAGCUUGUGUUGAUAAAAGGGAGUAUUUACAAUAAUUUUGUAGCCACACUUUUUCAAUUGCUGUAAAGGUAAACUGUAUUUUUUACUAUCUUUUGCUGUGUAAACAGGAGAAGUAAAUGUUGCAGCAUUGCAGUUGCUGGUUGUACAUUUUGCAGGUGGUCAUGAUCAGAAAAAGGGAGGAGAGCAGUGCAGAGAAAAGUCCUGUGAGGUUUGAAAUCAUAUACAGCACUCACACACACAUAAAAACACACACAUGAACACACACAGUUGCUGCAGACAGCCUGGACACAAAGGCUUGAUUUAUUCCUAUCAGCAGUUGUGAUAAAGGAAGUUUCCCUGUGCUGCAUCAGAGAGCUGACAGCUCUGAGGAACAUGAAAAAUUCUUUCUAUUUGCUGUCACUGUGUCUUCCUUUAAAAAAUAAAAGGGCGUCUCUCCCCAAGCAGCUGUUUUAAAUGCAGAGUGAAGCUGUCGGGGCUCAGCUAACUCGCCUCAUUAACAGUACGACCAAGAGAGAGAAUGGAGCGGGAAGUAUUAGGAUAGCAGGACAUCUGAAGGCUUUCUGAUGAAAAGAAAUCAGAGUAAAAACGUGAUCUGAGGACGUCUAAGAAUGUGAAGAGGCUGCACCUUAAUAUGAGUUUGACACCUGCCAUGAAGAUAGAUGUAAUCUGGGCUCUGUCCUGGAGUAUUAAUGUUAAAACUGUGUGUGUCAGAAUAAGAUGAAGCACAGGGCAGUAGAGAAAUAUCCAGCCAAGCACUGCAGAGACAGAUGUCAGAGAGGUUAGUGGAUAGUUGGGUUAACGAAAAAAACUAAACAUGCCUGGAUUGACACCUCUGUUGACCCGUGGCUUCUGCAGAGCUAUAUGCACUGUUUAAAGGGAUAUUCCGGCAUAAAAUUAAUUUAGGGUCAAACACACCAUAACACUGAGUUAGACACCCUUUCGAGAGAUGAAUGUUGCUGACUGCUUGCUUCUCUAGUUAUACCAACUUUAGUAACGACCGCACAAUAGUAGUACACAGCGAUCUGAGGAGACAUAAACAAACCUCAACCAAAAAGCCACAAAUAAUGGUCAGAGCAGCACCUAACUUCAUCAACAGCACAUAUAGGGGCCUACCCAUAGUACUAGCCACCAAACAUCUAUUUAGCUUUGCCGAAUUUCUUUAGCAAAGAGACUAAACACAACUCACCUACUCUCUUCCAGCAGCCGCUUGUUUGUACGGAGACCUCAGAUGAGUCCAUCACAGAUUGCUGCGGGGUGACGCAGCUCAAGGAAGAACAUUUAUGAUAAUUACUUAAUCAUUUCCUUGAAGUAAUAAUCACCAUAUUUAUAAUUUUGCACUGCAGAUGUGGUAGUUCUUCUGCCUUAGCAUCACGGUCUGAUUACAUUUCCAUGAAGAAAUGUUCAUACAUGUUCUUCCUUGAGCUGCGUCACCCCAUAGCAGUCUGUGAUGGACUAGUCUAAAGUCUCCGUACAAACAAGCGGCUGCUGGCUAUAGAGUGGCUUUUUAGUUGAGCGCGUGGCUCCUGAGAUCGCUGUGUAUUGCUAUUGUGCGGCCGUUACUAAAGUUGGUAUAACUAGAGAAGCAAGCGAUCAGCAACAUUCAUCUCUCGACAGAAUGUCUAACUCGGUGUUACGGUGUGUUUGACCCUAAAUUAAUUUUAAGCCGGAAUAUCCCUCUAAUGGAAAAAACAUCUCCAGCUCCAUAUUUAGUCAUAUGAUAACUAGGCUCAUAACAUAUUCUUGAAGAGAAUGUGAUAAAAAUUCAAGGUGAAUCUGACAAGUGAUAAAAUUGAAGAGACUAAAACUCCUGUUCUUAUAUUGUGUAUAAACAUGGUUUGGAUUGAAAAACACUUCAAUGCAAUGAAAAGUGAAUUUACAGCAUGCAAUUCACUGUGAAUGACCUUCGUCAAGAGGUCAUUUCCUGCAGCUUUGCACAAUGAUUUAAAAGAGGUGUGUAUCAGCAUUGUCAGGAACUCAAAAAGAGCUCGUCUACUGGUUGUGGAUAUCUGCGGUUUGAUAUUCAAAGACUUUAAUUUAGUGCUACUUAGAGAAAAUUAUACAGUUUACAACAAAAUGAUGUGAGCAGAAACAGCAUCCAGAUUUCCAGCAGUAAUAUGAAGUGGCUCACGAUAAGAAAGUAUUCUGCAUAUUAUCAGAUAACACAGAUUGAAGCACAUGGAUUAUCUAGUGGACAUUCGCCUUCGGUUAGAGCUGGAUUUAUAAGCAGAUGCCUGUUCAUGUCGAUCAUUUAAUAGAAGAAAAACUGACAUGUGCGUCCUUGAGGCCGGAUGAAACUCAAAAAGGAAACAGGAAGGAGGCUGUAGCCAAGCUUCCAGUGGACACGUGUCUCUUCUCUCUCGUUUUGUUAUAGCUGACAUGAAAGGUUGAAGUAACCGCUGCGUGGAGAUUCACUCUGAUUAUGGGAGUGAACGACGCUCGUAUGAUGCAGAGGGGGUUUAGUGUCAGGACGUGUUUGGUUCUCAAGAUGAAACCUGAUAUCGAGACAAUGCUGUCAUGAUGUAUUUCUCUUUCCAUUGGAGCUGUCAAACAGAAUCAACCGGAUGAGGAGUUCCCCAGUGUAUAUGUGAAAUGUAUGUAUCCCUUACAUACGUCUACAGUAGCUUUGAAGCUUCUCUGUUUGAGUCUAGUCUAAAAAUAAAUUAGAAUAAAUCCUGAAAAAAUCUGACAGCGUUGCUUUGGAGCUUUCGAUUUUUCCCAUGGUACAGUAGUGUAGUGGUGAGAAUUCAUGUGACUUCUCUCGGCUGGACAUGGCUGCAGCCCGUCAAAUGAAUGAAUGAUUCAGUUGUUGUAUCGCACACAUCAUCGGUUAUUUAGUUGAAGGACUCGGCAGUUUGUGUUUUCUUUUUCUUUCUUUUUCAAUUUCUUUUUUUAUUGAUUUUACAUAUCAACAUUUUACAUAUACUGAACAAAUUUCCAACUGUAUAGAAUAUCUGCAUACUUCUGCAUCACAGAGCAGAGACGUAGACAUAAAUUCUCAAGUAAAGUUACAGCAGAAUAACUGUGAAGUAAAAUGAAACACUUUUCACUCAUGUCCUUAUUUUCACGCCUCUCUUGCAUUGUCCCUUUUCUCCUGUUAGAGGAUAAACAUACUAAAAAUAUGAACAAUUAACAAGUUUGUAGCCUGAACCAAGGGUAUCAAUAAUCUACAAUACGCAAUGCCUUUACUGCACAAAGUCCACUCUCAAUUGAGACACAAAAUUUUUCCAGUAAUUUUUAAAAAUAUCUGUUUUUAGUCUAGAUGAGAAAGUCAGCUUCUCCAUUCUAUAUUUAUAUAUUGAUCAUUACCUCUACCCAAUCCUCUAUUUUUGGUGCAUCUGUUUUGAGCCAAUUUCUAGUAAUGGCCUUUUUCGCCACUACCAACAGUAUUCGGAAUAUGUAUUUUUCUCCUGACGUUGUUAUCUGUGUUUUCUUCUCUAAAGCCUAAACUAAUUAUUACUCUUCCCUUUUUCGGAGGCUUUGGCGACUGUGUUUUUCACCCUAUGCCUCGUCAUUUUUUCUCGCAUCCUUUCAGGCCUUUCUUCUCCGUAAAUGCAGCAAUAUUCCCUAUAUUUCUCCUCAUGCCACCCCUUUGUGUUCUUGUAUGUUAUUCCAGAAUACUGCAUGUGUGACAUUCUGAAAGAAAACAUGCAGUAGUCGACUUAAAAAAACGCUAUUUGAUCCAGGUGUCAAACAAAGCAACACGCAAGCAAGCAGCUGUCCUUCCUCAGAGUGGCAUGCAACACCUUUAUCUUCCUCAUCCAGGCAUUCCAGUCAGUCAUCCCUGCUUUUAAAUAUUAAUGAGGCAUAAUUUUGAAUUAAUGGACAGAGAUGAUGACAACUGUGAAAGGAGGCUGACCAGUGAUUGUAAUUAACAUUUAAGGAGAAUCAUUCAGAAGAUCAUUCCUUAUUAAUCAGGCUCUGCGCAGCUGAAUGUCUCUGCAGCACUUCACUAUUUGUUAUGGUUGUUAAGUGGAAGGGAAAUUUAACACGCUCUGCUUAGCUAUUCAUUAUUUCUCUGAACCCGAGCAGAAGCACUGAGCUUUAAUUUAGGUCUUCAAAGCUCAUUUUCUAUUGUGUGAUGAAAAAAAUCAGAAGGAUGUUUACAAGCUCUCGUGCCCCAAAUCCAGCAUAGAAUGAAUAAAUUCAGUAUUUUUCAGUAUUGCAAGGGCUGAAACGGACAACAAGGCAUCAGAUAAAUGCAUGUAAAGUGUUUGUGUCUUAUCAGAGAAACCAGCAGAGAGCAGGACUGGGGUUUGUUGUACGGAUGCUGAAUGUGUGGUAGAAUAAAACAAAGAACUUUGACCUUGUUCCUUCUAAUCAGAGCUAUUGAUCAAAUCUCUGCUGUUUGUGUUCAUGAAAGGAUUAAGUGAGGCACAGUGUUUGCAUCAGAGCUUAUCACUCGUAUGUAAUUCAAUAUAGCACAUCAAUAGAAGCUGUAAAACAAGAUGAAGAUACGAGAUAGGACAGAGUUCAGGUGCUGGUUGAGUUAAGACAGCGUAUAGAAGACAGGAGCUUCUGAAAAUAAAUGAGGUAAUAGUGAUUUAUGAUUUUGUCCAUAUCACAUAGGGACUGACUCCUGUUUUUACCUGACUCUGCAUUCAUGUUCAUGCCAUCUUGUUCAACAACAGGUCCUGUCAGAAAGUUUGAGGAGGUGCAACAAUUUUGCUUUCACUGUAAAUACAAGAUAGAGGAGCAUAACUUGUGCGGCGUGUAAAAGAAGACAAAUUUCUUAUAGUUAAACAGACAUCAAAAAUGUAGGUGAGGCACCAAAGUCAACUUACAAACCAGUGACGUGCGGUGAGGAUCAUGGUUGGUGAGGCACUGACUUCAUCACAAUCAGAUUUUCAAACAUAUGAACCCUACAGAGAAGUUUAUUGACCAUUUGAUUGGCAGAAGUUAACGGGUUAUGUUUAAAAUCUCAUAUCAGCUAAACCAACAUUGUAGCGUUGUACACUCUCCAGCACUUGUGCAGUAGCAUUGUGCGAAUUCAGCAUUAGAAUCGCAGUGAUGACGCUCAGCUCAAACAGCGUGUCCCCCAGUGAGCUACGCAAUCUUCGUACACCCAUAGGCUGUAUCAAGUGUCAAUCAUAGAAAACAUGAACCCCCUAAUAACUUUUAAAAAUGGAGCUGUACAGAAAAAAAGAGGACCUGAACACAAACCAGUCUGACAAUAACUAUAUGUCAACGUCGCAAGCAGGGGAGAGAAAAAAUGUAUGUUCUGUGUAAUAAGUUUCUAAAGUUUGUCCACAGCUCCAUAGGAAUUGCUGGCGGAGGCGGGAUUUAUGACUUAAACUUCAGCCUGUCACCAGAGGGUGCUGUUCUCAGGGUGGCUUCAUCCUGUGAGGAGGCAGACUCUGUCCAUUCUAUAUAGUCUAUGAUCUGAACAGUAAAUGUGAAAACUCAGAGUUUUUGAAUAAAAAAUAAUCAAAAAGUUAAAUGGAAAAUACCUUUAUAGUGCAAAUCACUCGAUAAAUAUAACCGUUUACAUUUUUUUCUCUCCAUAAUGACAGGUCAGGCACGGCCUCUCCUGCCUCCCCUGACAACACAUCACUGUUACAAACAGUUAUGUUCGCAGCUUAAGUGACUUAACCACUGGGUCACUUCCAUUCAUAGGAGUAUGUGUACUUGAGAGAGUGUUAUUGCACAAAUUUACCAUGAUAGCCUACUGUUUUAGAAGUUUUAUGUUGUCCAUUCCCCCGCAUAAAACUGGACUUGUUAUAGAAAAUGUAAUUUAUGUGCUGAACUGUAUCACAGCCAAGUUUAUUCAUGCAUUAUUAAAGCUGGAGCUGGAGCUGUAGGUGUAUGUGAGCAGAAAACAAACAGAAGGGAGAUGAAACUCCACAGCACCAUCAGGAAACUUCCUUCACAAGGGCCACAUUUGUUGUUUCUCCUUAUCCUCAGACAUGACUCUGCUUUGAUGACAGUGUCAGAGCACUGAAGAUCCGCCACUGAGUCAAUUUCUUUGAAUAUCGCUCCAGACUAAUGACCUCCGUGUUCAUCACUCAGGAAAGAUAGCACUUCCUCACAGUCUGGGUUAAACAGGCAGGCGUGUUUCUCACCUUCAGGCUCUAUAUUUGAGGUGUCUAAGAGUGAGUCAGGCUGUUAGAGUGAGGGGCAUGUGUUAAAAUUAGGAUUGACAACAGGAAGCGGCCACAUCCCAUUUCUCUCCACUCCUCUGCCAAACCCUCCUUUGCUUUCUGCUUCCACAUGACUGCAGAUUUCUGUUUGCCGUCUGUUGCUUUAGCAUCUGCAGUGUUUUCUCCUCACAGCUUUAGAGUCUAUUCUCUCCUCCAGUGGAUUUUUUUUAUCACUUCUCUUCAUUUCUGCCUCUUGCAUGUCCAUUUGGGUCGAGUAGAGCUUUUUUUCUUCUUCUUCUUCUUCCCUGUAGCCCUUCAUCCAACUCCCAUCUUAGGCCUUUCAAUCAAAUUCCCGAUUCCCUCCCUUCUCCAUGAAGAUGCUGUGAGCUCGCUCGGUACUCUGGUGCAUCAAUAACACAGAGACAGGGAGGGAGAAGUCUUUCCUGUGUUGCUUCCAACACAUCCCCCCCUCAUGGGAUUGAUAAAUCUGUCUGCAGUAACAACAAAAAUCUGAUACGAUGAAUAAUUAACCGAGACAAAUUACAGAUGCUUUGCAAAAUGCAAAUUGCCUCAUGUAUGGUGCAGUUAAACCACAUGCAGCUCUUCAGCUAAUAGCAGCUUUAAGGAAGUUUUAUGUUCUCAUGACUGGGGGCUGGAGUUAAAGCAGCGCUCAGUCAUUGUUCUCUUGUGUUGAAUAAUAAGAGGAAAACUUGAGCUUCAGGCUAUAACAUGCAUCAUGUUAAGUACAGCUCCAUUCAUGUAAUUCAAAUAAACGAUGCCUGGGCUCAUUAGUGAUUUGCAUUUUCUAGAGCGGGAUGACUCAAUGAUUUAUUGUGCUGAUUUUUUUUUUUUUUUUGGCUAUGCGUGUUGUUUUGACAAGAGCACUUCUGACCAGCAUCUGUUUUCUUUCAUAUCCAUACCAUAUGUAUGCAUAAUAGAAGAACAGGAGUUUUAGUCUCUGCAAUCUUGUCACUUGUCAUAUUCACCUUGAAUUUUUAUCACAUUCUCCAGAAAAGAAUAUGUUACUGACUGCUUUGUGAACAUUAUUUAGCAGCUAGAGAGCCCAGUGACUGUAGAUGAAGAGGUUUUUCCUCUGUUCCUUUUUAAAUGUGCACACAGCAGAAGACACAGGUCAACAGAGGUGUCGGUCACUAGCUGCGUUUACAUCGGCACAAAUAAUCGGAACGAAUGCCCGAUCGGGAUAAAAUACGUCAUGUAAACAUGUCGAUCGGAAGAUUCUGAUACAAUUCGGCUCAAUUGGAAAGAAAUUUUGUUCGAUCGAGAGGGGUUUAUGCUGAUCGUUAUUCCGAAACCUGUCCAUGUAAACAUGUAUUCCGAUUGUGCAGAGGUGGGAAUAGUGGAGUCAGCAAGUCACCUCCAUGCCAUGUAUUUGUUCUGCUCAGUUACUGAACCAGCUGCUUCCAAUGAGCAGCCAGGAAGGUGAGCUCAUUAAUGAAGGCACCUGGUUCAGUAACCGAGCAGAACAAAUACAUGGCAUGAAGAUGGCUUGCUGACUCCACAAUUCCCACCUCUGCGAUCGUGACUUUCUUACCUGACUCGAUUUCCACCCUUUAGCCUUUGGCUUAUUUACUGAGGUCAGUACCUGACACUCUGGCAUAAAACAGAACCACAGAUGCCGUGUCUGCUCCUCUGAUAACAUCUGUCACAUCUGUAAGCACAGAGCAACCUUUGACAGAACAGUAAAAUAAGUAAGCAAGGGCGCCAUCUAGUGACAACAUUUAACAGGGGAAAACUCCUGAAUUGGAUGGGGUGAGCCACUACUGCGUUUGUUGGUUUGUUGACAGCACAGGCGUAAAUACAACUCUUCUUCUGCGUUUGUUUUAGCAAAAUCAGACAACUCUGCGCAUGUCCAAAUGCUUCUAAUCUGAAUAAAACUUGGUGCAUGUAUACGCACGGCAUGAUCAGAUUAUUUGAUUUUGCAUCCAUAUAAACAGUGGAUUAUCUGAUCCCUCAGAUUUUUAGUCGUAUCAAGAAAUUUUGCACAUGUAAACAUGGCUGGUGCUGUUGUGCCCCUUUUAUUGCAUCAAAUAACAAAACUAACAAAGCUCAACUUAAAAGCUACUAUGAGGAGUUUUUAACUGGUUGGGAAACUGACUGAAAGAGAUGCCUCUUUAUGACCAACAAAAGAAAUAAGACUGACUUUUUUUUCAAUGUUGUAAUUUCAUUAUGAGAAAGCUGUUUUGUCUGGUAGUUAUACAGCUAUAUUAGCUUGAGGACACGGACGUCUUAUCCAACAGUGUUAAAUAGAUCAAAAUAGAGCAAGUUCAAAACGUAACUGAUUAUACUUAUGACAUCUCUUUAUGUGGAUGUCUGCUGUUCUUGUGUUGAGCUUUGUCCCUGAAAGAUCUUUGCUGAAAACUUCCUGAAGUGGCUAUUUGAGCUGAAAUCUCUCAUUUCUUUUCGGAUUGUGAAAAGGAAAGUUCAUCAUUCAACGGAAGUAUGAUGGAUGAAAGGAGUUGGAACUGAGGCGGUUUUUGUGCUUUUUGUUGUUGUCUGUAAAUCUCCUCAGUGAGUGUCCUCUUCUGCAAGGAUGGGGUCUUUUUUUUUUUCAUCUUACAAAACAACUGUCUUUAGAUUUUAAACGUCUUUCACAUAGAAAAGAGCCUUUGAAAAACAUUUCACAUAAACAGCAAUAGAUCAUAUAACCCUCCUGAGUGUGAUACCAACAGAAAAGUGACUACUGUGAGAACUAAACCUGAACCGGGACUGUAAAAGACAUUAUGGUAAUGAGUUUGCCUUCAUUUAAGCUGUUGUUUAUUCACAGAUAUAAUAGCACAUGAGUUUCCAUUUCUCCCUGAAGGUCAAACUCUCUAAUUUUGGAGUUGUAUUUUUUGUGAUCUUUGCCGGAGGAUAAGAACUGUGCCAGACUCCAACUAUUCUUAUCUCACAGUGCCCCCAUUUCAAGAAAACCCGGAGUGUGUGUGUGUGUGUGUGUGUGUGUGUGCUGUUACUGUUUUUAAACAGGCUCUGCAUUCAAUAAUGGUUAAGAGGAGUGCAUGCUCCACAGCAGCUGGACAUGAAUGUAUCCAUACUGAUGAGCUGCUUCGUUUUCAAACUGGAAGCACUCAGAUUUAUGUCCGUGUGUCCUGUCCGCAGUGACAGUCUGAUCCUUCUAAUAGCUUUUCAGUCUUUGUCAAGGUCAGAUGUCUGUGUCAUUACAUUAAGCUCUCCUUUCUGCUUUGUCCGGACAGUGGAGUGUCAGACAAACAUGCUCAGGGGAUGAAGGAAGUCCCGUAUGAAGACAGUUACCCAUGAAAAGCAGAAAAAAGGGAGACGACAGCUCUGCAGAGGAUACAAGUUGGAUGUUUUUAGAUUUGAAAAGGCUUGUCUAAUGAAAACUGGUGUUGAAACACAUCAGCUUUUAUUACCUGUAUGGUGCAAAAAUGCAUAUCUGUUUUUUUUGGAUGGUUGGUCAGACCAAAUGAGCACCUGCAGAUGUCCUAGACUCAGAUAAUAAUGAUUAACAUGUCACUUCUUUUCUUUUUUCUUUAGCAAUAUGAAGUUCCACAUCUCUCUGGGAGUUACUGAUUUAUGCAUCUAGCUGCUCGUGUUUAUUAUGGCCCGCAGCUUGUUGUGGUGCAGUCUCGCUGCUCCCAUCCGCGUUGUUUCCAGUCAUAGCGAGCAUACUGAUUGACUGCUGUAUAUGGAAAUAAGCAACUGUUGGUUGGCAAGCAUAUAGACUUAACAGCUGAUAUGUAGAUGUGCUCUGAACUAAAACAUGAAAGGCGCUCAUGACUUGUUUCUGCUGCCCCCAAGUGGUUUAAAAGAGGAUUGAGGUGGCAUCAGCUGAUCUGUUUUAGUUUCCUGUAAACAGUGAACACUUUGCUGACAUUAUUGACUUUAGGCUGGUUAAGACUAACAUCAAACCACGCCCAUUUCCAAACAAUGCAGAAACUUUACAUGAAAGGCUCCUCAUUAGUCUGUUUUUUGAUUAGAUGACAGUGGAGACAAUCUUUGCAGCAAUGCUACAAAUACACAGCAGGGGUAGCAUGCUGCAGGCAGUUUCAAACACUGUCUGACUCCCUGGCAUGUUUUUCCUUUGAUUCUCAGUGCCGCCUUAAACUUGGACCCGCUGUACCAAAUGUGGUGAAUGUAUCCAGCUGCUCUCUCACUUUCUAUUCUCGCUCCCCCCCUCGCUCUCCUCCUUUGUGUCCGCUCGGUAUAUUUGUCUUUCACCAAGUGUCAGUGUGUGUGUGUGGUCUCCAUGUACAAAAGGACAAGACAGCUGCAAUUAAGUAAAGGCCAUUUGCCAGGAGUUAUACGCAGUACAUCAGCAGUAUUACCUUCUGAUGAAAUGGAUUCACACACAGCUACAAGACAGCACAGUGAAAAUUUGAUAACGUUACCUCUUUCUCUGUCCUCAGGGAAGUCGCUCAGAUCGACCAAUUCCUCCAGGAGACAGCGGCGCGUGAAGCCAAUGCCAAGGUGCGUCUGCAGCAGUUCAUCGAGGAGCUGCUGGAUCGAGCGGACCGUGCAGAAAAACAGCUGCAGAUUAUCAGCAGCUGUGGCACCACACCCAACGGCAGCCUGGGCCGCUGCAGCCUCCAGGCCUCGAAGGGGAACGGACGCCAGGUGAGGAUACAGUGACCUGUCCGUACUGACAACACAGCACAAAAUAGAGAGUCAAAUAUUUCAGCGUUUUAAGUGAUUUGUCAAAUCCACUUCACAAAAAACAGACUGUAAGAAGAAAAUAAAAAUACUUGCGAUAUAAGUUAAAUUACGAAACACAGAACCGAAUAUUGAAACUUUCUGAUCUUAUGAACUCUCUGAAAUCAGCCUUUAAAAAACAAAAACUGUGACUUAUGUAUAACAUUUAUAAUCUUAUUUUUUCGACUUGUUUCGAACCACUCAGCUUCACUUCACUGUGAGACUUGUUUAGAGAGAAAUUCCCAGACAGGCCUUGACACAGCAGCUCUCGGCUUUUGAAUAGUGCAUAAGCAUUGAUUAUAUUGAGUAACCUCGCUCUUAAGCACCAUAGGUCACACACAUAAUGGGCUUAAAGAACCUCACGACUAGAUUUCUGCUCCUCUUAACAUUGCUUUAGUUCAUUAUUCAAGUUCACCAAUGCAGACGGCAGCAUUUCCUCACAGAGAGAAACUUUCACAAACAAGAGUCACCUUUAAAUCUGAUUAUCGGAUGAUUCUGAUAAAUGGAAAAGAAAAGAUAAAGCGGGGUGCAUUUCAUGAAAUGAUGGUGCAUGGUUCAUGUCUGAUACUGGUGUUAUGCUGCGUUCUAGUUGUACCCGGAAGUCAGAAUUUUCAAGCUCCAAGUCGGAAAUUCAUCAGGAACCCACCCCUUAAGUCGGAUUUCCGACCCGGGAAGUCAGAUGAUCCUCACCAACCCCAACUUGAUGACAAUGCGUUUUUUUACAACUGGUAUAGCUGACAACAGCUAACGACAGCUGACAAUUGUAAACAACAGCUAACAGUGGCUAACAGUAGGCGUCCAUCUUGGUUUUCCGAUUUGUUUACUCGAACGCCAUCAACUCGGGUGUAGCGUCAUCCCCAGCUCCGACUUCCGAGGUACCUGGAACGCAGCGUUUAACUCCACACCAGUCAUAGCCAUGUCCAGGGAUGUUGUGUUUGCUGUUUUCCAUCAAUCUAGUUCAUUCUCAUGGCAGGGAUAUAUCAGAGGGGCCUCCUUGAAUCAGGACCUAACACUUACCUGUACUACAAGAUAACCUGAAGAAAGAUUUGGGGCCCCUGUAUCUCCCACCCAGAGCAGAAAUUUUGUUAUAAUGUGACAAUACAUUUUCAAAAAGGCGUUUUGAAGUCCUUGUAAGAUUCAUGAAGGUCCACUUAAAAAAAUGGAAAAAUCUGUUUCCGUUAAGACUAGGGUGACCAUAUUCUGACUUCAAAGAGGACACGACUACUUGGGGGUGGAGUCAAGAAGUCGCACAAAGUUAAUUUUGAGAGUUUUAGGGUCAGAUCAAGUGUCUUUUAUGCACUUCUAACUCGGUAGGUCCAUGUGACACAAAUUUCAAAACUUACGUACAAAACCGCAGACAUUUGAAGGAUUCUUUAAACUUCCCUGGACAAACCCAGACAAGUUGGACAGCCCCCCCAAAAAGAGGACGCAUGGUCACCCUAGUUAAGACUGAAGUUUGGACACAAAAACACACUCAAGCUGUAGUGUAUUAUGUAAUAUCGCUCUGAUAUUACCCUUAAAAGCAGCUCCCUGACCAAAGGUGUCUCAAAAUACUGUGUAGAUAUUUAUACAAAUACGUUUAGGGAUUAACCACAUUUGUCAUAGAGAGUUGAUUAUUUACAUUAUUCAAAUGCAGUUUAUUAUAUACAGCAGUAUGUCUCUGUUCUGAGGGCUCCCUGCCCUUUCAUGCACAUAUGUGGAGAGAUAGACCAGUAGUAGGAAGAGUACACCUCCCUUCUGUUUUAUGAGCAUACAUGAAAUCCAAAGCAGGGAGAGCUGCAGCAAAGACCCCUCAUAUAUAGAACAGAAACAAUCAGGAACAAUUCACAUGACACUGGUAAUAUCAGACACAGUUGGGUUUAGCAGUCUAAGCAUGCGCCCUACAUACAGGGGCCGUAGUCCUCGUCCCAGCUGUCACUGUUUCGGCUCCUGGCCAUGACUCUUUACUGUGUUCUUUCCCCUGCUGCUCCUCACACUUCACAUUUCCUGUCUCUCCUCAGCUGUCUUGUCUUAAAAAAACAGAGCAAAAAUGAAAAUAAAAAAGGAAUAGGAAUGAAAAAAAAGCCCUAAAACAUCACUUCAAAAAAAAAAAACAGACACGGCAUAAAGAGAGAGGAGCUGAGGCAGAGGAAGGUUGCAGAGAGGUUUGCAGAGGAGGCAGCGACUGUGGGCAGGCUGUGGUGGUUUAAAUAGGAUGCUCAUUGUGACAUUGUCCAAUGGGAUAGAAGGUGAUCAGCUGAGCUGUCAGCUGAUAUGUGUUCACAGUAAGAUCAGCUGAUGUUCUGUGGGCAGAGCUUGACUACCUGUACAACUGCUCUGCUCAGUUUUAGUUAUAUGUUCCCCUGUUGGAUCAUAAAGCCCUGACUUCGAGGAUACAGUCCUAUCUUUACAGUCCGAUUCAGAACUGUAAAAGUUGUCAUCAUACACCUCUUUCUCUUUGGCUCUCUACAUCUCCCAUUGUUUAAUUUUCCCACCCUGAUCAAGUCUUGUUUCAUCAAACAAUAAAUCCACAAAAUCAAACCCCUUCUCCUCUUAAAAAUGUCACUUAAAAUGAUCAAACACCUUUUCCAAACGAAGAGGCAGCCUGUUUUGUUGCACACAUUUGUGUGCUGCCAUGGAAACCAGUCCGAGCUCCUACAUGAUUUUGAAUCAGAUGUAGAUCUGCCUGAGAGAAAAUAGCUCUUUCAUUUUUUCACUCCAAAUGUUCAGCAUUUAUGUUCUCCACAGAUCACUAUCACUGAGUUCAGGGACACGGUCAACAUACUUGGCUUAGUCACUAAGUGUAGUCUUACUGUACAGUGUGUAAUCUUGGUGAAAGCUCGUUUGUAAUGCUGCGAUAACUCUCUUUAGAUGUAGAUUACUUCCUUUAGUUUUCCAUAAACUGGGCUGUUUGGCCUGUGAUUGACCUGAAACACUGCUGCCUAAAUUUAGACAUCCUCUCUUUGGGAACAGCCAGUUUCAUCUUUGUGUGCAGCACUGUGAAUAAUCUACUUGACAAGUACAUGUGGGGAGUCACAGACUGGUUGGCACCUUCAUCCACUGUCAAGGAAAGCCCAGAGAUAUCACCCGUCCGAGCUCACGCCCCCAUGACCUCCCUCUCCCUCUCCCUGUCACCUCAUCAGAGAGGUCACCCUUGUUUCCCGGGAGACGAGCUUUAGAGCCGCAGAGGUAUUUUAGGACUGACAGUGAGGGAAAGGAUGGAUGACUUAUUUCCUGCUCACACUCUAGUUCAAUCACAGCUGAGACUAAUACAUUUCUUCACAGGAAGUGCAAGGUGAAGGAAGCUUUGACCUUAAUAUAGUGGCAAAUAUAUACAGUGAGUAAGAGAAAUGAAGAAUGGCUCAAGUUAUAGACUGUCAUGCGUUACCAAAGCCAAUAGAUUUGAAGCACAGGUCAAAAAGGAUGUAUUUCUAAUAGGGUGACCAUAUUCUGAAUCCCAAAAAGGGGGACACGACUACGCAGGGGUGAAGUCAUGGAGUCAGAUAAGGUUAAUUUUGAGAGUUUUCAGGUCGGAUCAAGUGUCUUUUACGCUCUUGUAACUCAGCAAGUCCACGUUACACAAACUCGAAACUUCCAUACAAAACCCCGGACAUUUGAAGGAUUUUAUAAACUUCCUCGGACAAAGCCGGACAAGGCCGGACAGCCCCCCAAAAAGAGGACAUGUUCAGGUAAAAGAGGACGUAUGGUCACCCUAAUUUUUAAUAGAUUAAUAUUGAGAGAUGUUAAGUAUAUAUUUGCCAUUUCAUACUAAAAAAUGGAGUCUAAUUCUUUGAUUGGCAGCUUGCUAUUGAAACAGUCAGAGAUGAUGUUACAAACACUAACAAAGGAGUCACUGAAGUUUUUAUAAGUCUAAGUGUUCAGCGCCAAAGAUCUUUGCCAAGGUUGUUUUUGUCAGGUUCAGCAAGUGUAGAAGCCAAAAUGUAUUUGUUCAGGGUAUGAUUUCUGAUAGAUAUGUCACUUCUGGGGACCGACACUGAGGGGUGUGGUUUCGGGAUGUGUAGUCAGAGACGAUGGGUUUUGGUAAGCUCUGAUAAUUUCCUGUUGACCAUUUCACUUAUCCUUCUACCCUCGUUUUCAUCAUAUCACUUUUUCAUUUGAAGGCAAAAGUUUUUGGACCUGGAUCAGUGUUUUUUUUUUUUCCUUUUUGAACAACAAAUCACUUUUGACACUCAACCAGACUGAUGAAUUAAUCCCCAACAGCCUUUCUGUUGAAGGAAAGCACUUGCUACAGCUAGUGUUGGGGGAUAUGGUUAAAAAUGAUACAGAAGAAUUGUUCAGCUGAUAUCAAUAAUUCAGUCAGGAUCACUUUGUCAAAAUUCAGCUUUAUUGUGCAAAGUUAAAUUUGGCAGCAUAGUUCUGUUCUGUGUCCCUGCCCUUCCAUGCGCUUGGAAGCCAGAGGCAGGAAGAGCCCCUUCCUGCCCUUCAUGACCCAUCAUGAAAAGGCGAUAGCAGGGCACGCACACAAGGUUCUAUCCGGGACCCCCCGUGCUCCACGCAAUCAUGCGUGAAAGGCUAGUGGCAGGAAGAGCACCUUCCCACCCUUCACGAGGCAUCAUGAAGGCAGAAACAACGGGGGGUAGAGCAGCGAUGAACAGAACCUGCCCCACAGAUCAGGGCACUUUGAAGGUAGUGGAGCAGUUUGGCCGACACAAGGGUGGAGGUGGGUUGCUGGUUGGCUGUCGAAGCAGAGGAAGAGGUUGGGUUAGGGCAGUUUUAAAUAGGGCGCUCUAAAGGCAUAGGACCAAUAGGAGCUAGGAGGAAAUAGCUGGCCAUCAGCUGGUUGAGGUGGCUACUUGCCAUUGGCUGCGGAUCAGCGCUUGACGUCGUGACCUGCCAGAACUAACGCUAUGCUUCAUUUGUCAUGAUAAAUCCCAAAUCAUUAUUUUGGUAAAACAAAAGUUUACAGUUUGAUUCAUGUGCAUAUUUUAAUUCUUAGUUAACACCCAGAUAGUUUUGAAGCACGUCAUGUCACAACAUGGUGUUUGGCUUCAUUUUUGUACAAUAGUAAAAGGUCGAGACGUAUUGUCCAUCUUUAACAGUCAGAGUGAUGGCUUUAACCAUAGAGUUGUCCAAAAUGAGAGCCAUAGGGAAGUUCACUUGUAUUCUCCAUGGUCCAUUUUCUCUGGCACGGGUUCAGGACCAAGCUGUGAGGAAAUGCAGAACACAGAGAAAGAGUGUGCAAGAGAGAGAGAGAGAGAGAGAGAGGAGUGACAGUGUCUGUGUUUGUGCAUAUUAAAUCCCUCUGUGGCAUGUAUACUUGUACACAGAGUCCCACCUGGUGCUGCUUCACAAACACAAACACACACGUGGAUAUAAACACACUCACAGACACAACUCACAGUGCAUACUUGAGUGCACACAAAGCUUUGAUCGCUGUAUGAUAGAGUGCUCAGCCACAACCAAAUGCUCAUCUGCUUUCAGAACAGACAUUUCAGGUAAAAGGUAAAUGUGCCGAGGGUUUGAAGGGUUUCAGUGUCGGACUGAGAAAUUCAUCCAGUAAAAGAUGAAUGUGGUUUGAGACUGCAAAAGUCUCAAACCACAAGUGUCCCCACUGCUGACUGAACACAUGGAUGUCAUUUUAUCUGAGCCCAUUAAAGCCAAAAACACUGACCCACAGAUGUCAAUGUUGUGAUAUUGUGGCAUGUGCAGAAGCAACCUGGCUGCUAGCAUUGCUGGACUAACAAUAGACACAUUGAACUUACUGAUAAAACAACAAAGAUAGUAGAGUUUUAUAUCAGUGAUGUUAAAAAUAAAAAAUAACACACUUCAGUUUAGAGCAUAUUCUUUUGGUUUAUAGUUUACAAAAGGCCUCAGGUAUGAAAAGCAGCUUAAAUUUAAUGUGUAUAGAGGACAAAAAUAGUAUCUACAGCUAAAAUGGACUUUUUAUGAGCUGACCUUCAAAUACUCAUCACAUCACUGAUAAAAUUUAAGUGUGGAGCUUAUUUUCCUUUUAUUUCUCUAAACUCUUCCCGUCUUUGUCUGUACAGAGGAACUCCAGCCUCUCUGGAAGCACAAGAGGCAUGUACCAAGUGUCAGAGCGGCGGUCCUCUCCCAGCACAGGGUAAGUCCCCACACACACACACACACACACACACACACACACACUGCCUCUUAAUCCACAUGUACAAAUGAUUUCACUCCUCAGAAAUACAUCCUGACCACCAACCCGUCAUAAAGAGGUUUAUUGCACAGGUGAUACCACCCUGAGGAGGAGAGAGGAUUAUACGGGCUCAUAACUGUCACAUUACAUGUGGUUUAAUAAAGCAUCCUUUAACUUUUUAGGAGGACCUUUCCCUCGGUCCUUCUCCUCUUUCUUCUCUUGAAGACGAAGCAGUUUUAUUUUUUAACCAGCAGGAGAUUUUGUGGCUAUUACCUGUCAAGUGAAUUUAGUUCAUCUCCUCUUUUUUUACUGUUUGAGAGUAUUUGAAGAGAAAUCACUCUGUGUCAGUUUGCCUUCUUCAGCUCUCUGCCUCAGACCUUUGGGCGUUUUUUUUAUCCUCUCUGAAAAACACAAUAAAACAUUUAAAAGUGCUUCAUUUACAACCUGCCUGUUUAGUGACACUUUGUGGAUUUUGCAAUUCCAAGUUAAACUGAGAAUAAAGUGAAAUAGUAGAUGAUAUCUAAUAGUUUCUGUAGCAUUUAAAUAUAGAUGGGUUUGCCAGAAAGGCAGUCGCACACAAUUACUCCUUUAUGUAUUAUUCAAUAAUACUCCAUGCUAAGAAAAAUGCUGUUUUUAUCUAUUGAGAAAUCUGAAUUUUUCUGUACUCCUAAUCGAGCAGAAAGUUAUUAAAUUAUUCAUUUCAAUAAAAAGUGAAUUUUUUUGAGUCGGGGCAGUCUAACAAAAUGAUUUGCUGCGUUUCCAGUUUUAUACUUGUGAAAAACUAAAAAUAUACUGUCUACUCAGCUUAACAAACAAGCAGAUAAUAACUAAGGACUGUUGUGUGAGUUUUGUUGACUGCUACAUCGUUUUAAAAAUGCUUAUUAACGUCUAAAAUACCUGUAUGUAUUUAGACAGAUUAGUUUUGUUCAAUAUUUAGAAUAGUGUAUCUUCUCUAAGACAUCCUCAUUAGUAUAAUUUAACUGGAUACAGCGUUGUAUAGUUGUAUAAAAUUGAAAAGAUCUUAGUUUUUAGUCAAGCUCUGAUCGGCAGCAGCAGUGAGGUGCAGGUCAGCUGUCUCUCCUCCUGAGGUGUGACUGAAGUAUUUCUGGCUCCCUGCUGGAGAUCGCAGACACACACGGCUGUGCCACCAAACUCUGACCAACCCCACCGUCACGUCCAAAUGGUACGUGAAUGUGAUUCCUUACGUGACGUCACAUGAACCCUGACAGGCCUUCCCCGUUGAGUCACCGACGGCACAACACACAAAAACAGACACCGCAGCCGCCUGUCUUCAGUUAUUGAUAGCUCUUCGUCAGAGAUCAUGUGUUUGUUAGUAGAUUUAGAUGAGGUCAUGAUAUGAAAUGUGUGAAAGUUUGAGCUUCAUCUCCACUCAUUUACUUCAUCCAGUCACACCUCUAUUAGCCGUGAUUGAAGGAACAGCCAAUCCCGUUUGCCAAUCUACCUAAGUAGGCGGGUGCAUAUGAAAAAAAACACCUAAUCCUAAAAAAUUCUAACAAAAGGUUUCUCAGCUGUUUUUUUUUAAUAGUAUUAGGCGUCCUUAAUUAACAUACUAAAAGUUGACCAAAGUUUGACCACUAGAAAGGUGUCAUUUUCAACAUGGCGCUCAUGAUAGGUAGGAAGCUCGGGGAGACACCCCAGGUGAAUAGGGUAAAUUUUUAACUAACAGAUAUCACCAUGAAACUUCCCAAGUUUAUAACUUACAUGAAGACGAUUAUUUUUUGUAUUACAAGUUUUGUCAAAUGUUAUGUUUGAAUAUGUAAAUGAGGCACUCUCUAAUUAAAAAUGAACUAAUUUGCAUAUAUUUCCAGAACCCAAAACUGAACAAUGGAUAAAGUUUUCAUAUUGAUUUGAACUCCCACCAAUCACUGAGUUGUUUUGUGUUUAUAUCAUGAUGCUGCUUUGUAUUCUGUGUACACUCUGCACAAUAAUUAAUCAUCAAACAGGGUAUAAUGAGAUUCCCAUGAUCUGGAUCGAGUCAAAUCAUUACACGGUGUUACAAAUUUAAAUGUUGACAAAAGAUUAAAGCAGCUUUAGCAGGUUGCUGUCUCACUAAGAGGUCCUUAAACUAUUAAAAAAAUCCAGGUUUGUUAGUAUAAAUAAACACACACACACACCUUUCUGUUAUUGUUUUACAUAAUCUUAUGUCACAUAUAGUAUGCUGCAUAACCUGGAUCUCAUCCUUUGCCUAUGUUUUCCCCUGGUAAGCUAAGAUAAAUGGGACCCGCAGCACUAUCUGUGAUCCUUUUUCCCUCUGAAACGAUAAAUGCAAAUGUUCUACUCUCUAUAUUACACUGUAAGAAAGAGGAGAGAGAACUGAUGAGGGAGAAAUGAAUAACAGGAGAGAAAUAUGCCCUACUUUUGCAGAGACUGUUAUUUGUAUCUUCUCGUUACUUGCAAUGAAUGGAUGAUUAUUUUUAAGCACUGUUGCAGUACAAUCGUGCAAAAGCUGCUGUUGAUCUGCUAUGACCCCCCUUUAGAAAUGCAGCACUUUGUUGUAGAGCAUACAGUUCAUGUUUGUGGCUCAUUGUGAUUCCAGAAGUGCAUCUGCUCAAAUCAGAUUAAAUAUACAUACUGCUCUGUGAUUCUGUGGCUCUCUAGAACAAACUAGUCAUCUGAGGAGAUGGAGGUCUCUAUAAAAAAAGAUACCAGAGAUAUUACAUAAUAUGAUCACUGAAGGAUUUAGAGGAAGCCUAAUGUCAAUCAAUAACAUUUGAAAUGUGAUAAUUAUGCAUGAGGCCUAGGGGUGGGAGGGAAAAUUGAUUCACAUAAGUAUUGUGAUUUUUUGUUUUACAAUUUUUAAAUCGAUUUUUAUGUUCAAAAAUCUUUUUUUUUUUUUCAAAUUUAGGAAAAAAAAAUUAAAAACUGACUUGCAUGUGAUGUGUAUUUUUGGGGAAAAUAUGGUUCCUGGAAUAGUCAGUUGACAAUCAUAAUUAUUCAAGUGUUUUACCGGUGUUAAAAAUGCAAACUAAAGAUCGAGAAAAUUGACAAUAUUGUAGAAUUGCAGUUAAAAUCGCAUCGGCUUCCAAAAAGACACAGAAGAAUCGAAUUGGUAACAACUGCCCUAAUGAAGCUACAUCAAGAAGCUGGUUAGCCUAGCUGAGCAAGGAGAUGAAGAAAGAGAGCUUUACGUAUCUGAAAGUUAAAAAACAAGAACUUGCAUUUGAUUCUUUUUGCAUCAAAUAUAUGUAGCAAACUCUCAGAUAACUUGUGAUCGGCUUCAGGUGUUGUCAAAUGAAGUAUGAACCUUGCAAGCUGCUUCCUUCUCUUUUCCUGCAGAGCAUCAGGGCGGAUCAAGUCGGUCUCACAGGGCUCUGGAGGUUAUGACAGCGACAGCGUGGAGAUGCACCCCAUGGAGGAGUGUCCUGAAGCUCAGUAUUAUCACAUGCAGUGCCGAAUGGGUGAAGCAGGGUACGAGCGCUCUCCUGGAUGUGGAUCAAGGAACUGGGGUCUCCGUAAACAGGCGAUCCAGAACUGGCAGCGGCGACCUUACAGGAACAGCACAGAAGGGGAGGAAGGAGACGUGUCCGAUGUGGGCUCCAGGACCACUGAGUCUGAAGUGGAGAUGUGGGAACAAGAGAGAAGAGCUGUGGCUGAAGUCCAGCAAUCUGCAGCUCCAUAUCCACAGCAUGGCAGGGCAGGAUAUCGCCCCAGCGCAGGUGAGUUUUAUUCUUAGAAAUGCUUCUUCUGCCACACAUUGCUUCAGUCUGACAUCCAGUCAGACUCAUGGGAGCCGGCAUUCACAGAGCAAAAGCCUUAAAGUGAUCCCAGGAGGGCAGGGAUUGAUGUAGAUCUGGGUCAGUUUGAGAUACUGUUGCUGAAUUGCUGCUGGAGUUGUGUAACUUCACAAAGUGACUGUGGAUGAGCAUGUAUGGUAAACAUGGAGCAAAGAUGCCCCAUAGCUGCAGCUGUGUGUACACACUACAGUGUCAACACACAUGAAUAAUGACUGAAACUCGGAGGUAGCUCAGGAACACAAACACAGCUACAAAGUGUCUUGGAUGUUUUCCUUUCUAUAAAAAAAAAAAAAUCUUAUGUGCCCAAGACAAUCUUAAUUUUAUUUUUGUUAUGAAUAACGUAUGGGUUUGAGUUUGGACAAAUUUAAAUUAACAAAAUGAGGGAUUUAAGGUCAGUGAGCAGCUCUUUAAAGGGAUAAAGUUAGUCCUAGCCAUAGCACAAGCAACCAAACAUCUUUUUAACUUUGCCUAAUUUCUUAGGCAAAAAGACUAAACACAACUCACCUACUCUCUUCCAGCAGCCGCCUGUUUGUAUGGAGACAACGAGCUAGUCCAUUACGGACUGCAAUGUGGUGAUGCAGCUCAAGAAAGAACAUUUAUGAUUAUUUCUUCAUGGAAAUGCAAUCAGACCGAGACGCUAAGGCAGAAGAACUACCACAUCUGCAGUUCAAGAUGAUUAAUAUGAUGAUUAUUACUUUAAGGAAAUGAUAAAGAAAUUAUCAUAAAUUUUCUAUCUUGAGCUGUGUCACCCCGCUGCAGUCGAUGGACUUGCCCGAGGUCUCCGUACAAACAAGCGGCUGCUGGAAGAGAGACGGUGAGUUGUGUUCAGUCUCUUUGCUAAAGAAAUUAGGCAAAGCUAAAAAGAUGUUUGGUGGCUAGUUCUUUGGCUGGGACCCAUACAUGUGCUGUUGAUGAAGUUAGGUGCUGUUCUGAGCAUUAUUUGUGGCUAUAUAGUGGCAUUUUGGUUGAGCACGUGGCUCCUGAGACUGCUGUGUAUUGCUAUCGUGCCGUCGUUACUAAAGUUGGUAUAACUAGAGAAGCAAGUGGUCGGCAACAUUCAUCUCUCAAGGGGGUGUCUAACUCGGUGUUACAGUGUUACCUUUAAGGUCAGAGUUCACAGAGAGCAAAAGAGGAAGAGGUGUAUUUUUAGGAGGACAGCUUUCUUGGUAACUUAGUCAGUUCUGUGUGUCAUUAAUAGCUGCUGUUGCUGUACACUUCAUAUACUGCCUGUUUUUUUGGUAUAUGUUGAACAUAUUUGUAUUUUAGAGUUUGCUCGUUCCAUCAUCCCAGUUCUUCAUCUCACGCUGAGCUUUGAAUCUACGCCCGAGCCGAGUUAGACAGUCAGUUUCACAACCAGCACAAACCUCCAGAUCCAUCACAGAUUGUACGUCUCUUCCUUAACUCCCCACCCUGCCAAGAUCCUCAAACUCACACUGCUGCUCCCCUCCGUCUCUCUCCACCUGCUGUCAAGUUUCUACUCUAAAACAGGUGGCCAGUGAAUGAGUAGGACAUGGUCAGGGUCCUAUGAUACAUGCGUAUGAACUGCCCCAUUAUUACCCCUCAUAGCACUCAACAUGUUACUGGCGUGCCGCAGCUCUGACGUAGUUUUCCUUAUUGGGAGAGUCUCUGCCAGCUUGUAUCAGAUGGUAUGUUUCUACCAGCACACAGUUUUUUCCCAGCAUGUAACACACAGCUCGGCUUUUUUAGUGCUUUUGGCCGUGUUGAGCGUGGGCGGUGUGUGUGAAAGAGUGAUAAAAAGAGAGAGAGAGAGAGAGAGAGAGGAACAGGAAAACAGAGGAAGAGUGUAAGUAAUGGUUCAUAGCCCUGAUGGUUUCAUACAGACUACUUCCAAGGCCAAAGAUGAAAUGAGUCAUGCUGUGAGGUAAAAGACAGGCUUCGAUUGGACAGACAGUCUCGGCCAAUAGAUAGCUUUAGAGAGAAUGAAAAGAUGAAUAUAUGGAGAAAAAAAAUUAUGUAAUCUUGUUAAGUGUCUUGUUGACAGUUGGCGCCACCAUGUGACAGAACAUGAAAAAGUUCCUGUGUGGCAUUUAUUUCCCAUAAUUCUUAGGGAUGAAUCUACAGUAAAGAUCAAGGGAAAUAGUUAUAGAAAUGUAUUUUUAGAUUUGGAUAAUAUUUAUUGAAAAAUAUGCUCAUAAUGUUUUUUUUUUUUUUUUUGGUUAAAUGUUACACCUGCUGUUCAAAAAACUAACAGGUUCCUGCUUUCAGAAUCAUUGGAGAUUAUUAAAUAGAGAAUAACCCAGAGAUCUCAUCUGCUGCCAGGCAAUAAAAAACUUCAAGUAAUAAGUUGAAACAUUUCUAAUUUACGGCUCUCUGGGAUUCUGGGUUGCAGGAUCUUAAAUGGGGGAGUACAGUAUAUUUCUCGUUUCCUUGUUUUGUCAAGAGUCUUGCAUCCAAGAGAUUUUUAGACAAAUGUGGGGUUUCUAUUUUUUUUUUUCAGAUGCAUGCCAGGUAAAAAAAACAAAAAACACUGCAGAAGCAGAUAGUUUAGAUGAAGAGAGAAAGUUUAGAUGAAGUUUUUAUCAUCAAAAUCAGGUAAAUAAUAAAGCAAAGAUUUGCAAAGCAAAUGAAAUGCACAGAAAUACAGAGUAAAAUUCAGCAAUCUUGUUUCUGAUGUUCUUGUUUGCUUUGUUCGUCAUAAAACGGCAUCAACACGAAUGUCAGUCUAUUUCAUAAAUGCUGAAAAACUACUCACUAGAGCUUUAAGUUCAAGUCAGAGUCUUAUUUUUGCCUUAACAGUGAUCAUUUUUGGGAAGAAUGGACCGUUUUAAAAGAAUUUUACAGUUAAAAACCUUUUCAUCCUGGCAGGACGUACAGAUGUAGUUUACAACAAGCCAUGUCGCCAUGAAAAGAGCCCAUCGAAAUCCACUGAGGUGAUCAGUCCAGAGAUCCUGAAGAUGCGGGCAGCGCUCUUCUGUAUCUUCACCUACCUGGACACUAAAACUCUGCUGAGAGCCGCAGAGGUCUGUAGGGACUGGAAGUUUGUGGCCCGUCAUCCUGCUGUGUGGACCAGAGUGCUGCUGGAGAACGCACGCAUCUCUUCCAAGGUGCGUAAAGGACUUUAGGAAACUGUAUGAGGUCAGCGGUUGGGAGCAUGAACUCUACUUCCUCUCUGUGUUUUCAUAAAUAUGUAUUUCUUUUCCCCCUUAGUUCCUCAGCAUAAUGUCUCAGUGGUGCACUCAGACGCACUCACUCAUCCUGCAAAACCUCAAACCAAGACAGCGAGGCAAGAAGGAAUCAAAGGAGGACUACCUGAAAAGCACACGGUGAGACACAUGCAGAAACAUAGUAGACAUAUGAUGAUACAGCAACUCAAAGUUAAGAAAAAACACUUUUAAGGCACUUGUGACUACUUUACACUCCUUUUUUACUUUGUAAUUAUAAUAAUUUGCUUUGCACGUUGCAAUCUAAGUCGUAUCCAAAAUCAUUAAACAGACGAUAUAUUGAAGCUUGCGAGGAACAGAUGAGGGAUUGAUGCAGCUUUUUAAUGCUGUCUGCGCGCAGUCGUCCUGUACCAUAUCAGUUUUUGUUUCCUGAGGAAAAGCAGAGUUUUCCAUACAGAGACAGUAUAUCACAGCUCAAGUGCUGCUGUGAAAUAUUGCUGCAAAUAUAUAGACAUACUGCUCCCUGCAUAUAUUUCUGCACUGGGGGAACAUUUUGUUCUGUGCAGUAAAGAAACCAUAAGAGAAAUGUUUACGCCUGAAUUUCACUUCAGGUGUCAGGUUAUUAUUUCUGUUUAUUUAGAGUUGUAAUUAUUGUUUUUUCAUGGAUGAAUUGGUUCUACACUAUGUUUUUAUACUAUAUUGUGUUAUUGUUGUAGUUAGAAUACCUACUAAAUUACAUUCAGAGUUUAUUAUUAACUUUCUGUGCUGCUUUUUGCAUCUUUAAAGAGCACACUUGGUUGUCGGUUUCAUAUUGGUAAAAUCUGCUCUCUAUAUAAAGCUCAGAUGGGUUGAGUUGAGGCAGAAGUGCUGCUCUUAAGGACAGGAGAAUUGCUUCCCCAGCUCAGGCUUUCUUUGGCUGUUUUUUUUUGCUGAUCUCUCCACACUUCUUCGUCUAAGUGGCUGUCUGGAAGAAGGUCUGGAGGCGUUGUUAAAGGCCACAGGAAGUAACCUGCUGAUCCUGAAGAUUUCUCACUGCCCCAACCUGCUGACGGAUCGCUCUCUCUGGCUGGCCAGCUGCUACUGCCGAGCUCUGCAGGCUGUAACCUACAGGUAGAAUAUUCCAGCCAUCUGUCCUUAUAAAAAUGUCACUUCUGUCUACCUUGCUCUCCACUGUGAGUCCACAGUUUGCUUUAGCUGAACAUUAUCAUAUGUGUAUUAUCCUAACAGUAUUGCAUUGUGUUCCAGGAGUGCUACUGAUCCAGUCGGCCAGGAGGUGAUCUGGGCACUUGGUGCAGGUUGUAGAGACAUCAUCUCCCUACAAGUGGCACCACUACACCCAUGGUAAAAGAUGAAGACAUUGUUACUCAAUAGCUUUCGAUUAAUACCAUUAAUACCGCACUGUGCUGUAAAAUCAAGUUAAAGAAUACUAAGUGAUUUGAUUCAUAUUUUGUCUCCUUUAGCCAACAGCCAGCGCGUUUCAGUAACAGAUGCCUGCAAACGAUUGGAAGGUGUUGGCCACACCUCCGUGCUCUGGGAGUGGGUGGGGCCGGAUGUGGCAUUCAGGGCCUGGCAUCUCUAGGUACAGAGUUGCAGGAAAAAUACUCAUUUUUCCUAAAAAGAAAAAAUAGUUUUUCUUUACAUUUCAUGUUGUGAUUUUAGCUAUAACACCAACCUUCAUUAAUUUUGAUUUUGAUGAAUUUCUCCAGUAUCAUCAUGAGCACUGUUUUUAUUUGAUUAAAAGGCUGGCUACAAAUCUGAGCAGGAGCUAAGAUAAAGUGAUAAAGUAGUGAAAAUUAUUAAAGGACAUAAACUAGAGCAGACCAGCCACUGAUUCUGAACUUGAGCAAUCUGUAAUGUCCUACAGAUGGAUGUUGAAUCUUUCCUGGGACAUCUACAUACAAACCUCUUUUCCUGAGUGUUAAACAAAUUAAUUAAUUGUUGUUAUUAUAAUAAUAAACAUUAUUAUUACUGUCGUUGUCAUUAUUAUUAGUUGUAAUUUGAGUCUAUUUAGAUAGAAUAUGUUAUGAGCUACCAGUGUCUAAAAACUGAUCUAUUGAUCUCUGUGUCUUACCCCUCCAGCAAGAAACUGCAUGCGCCUGCAGGUACUUGAGUUGGAUCAUGUGAGCGAGAUCAACCAGGAGGUGGCAGCAGAGGUUUGCAGAGAGGGACUGAAGGGACUGGAGAUGCUGGUGCUGACCUCUACGCCUGUCACCCCUAAAGCCCUGCUACACUUCAACAGUGAGUUUAUACCACUAUACAUAAAAUAAACACAUAAGUUUUAGGUGAAUUGAACCUCAAGAAGAGAAACAAAAAGAUUUCAGCAAUUACUAAAACCAGAUGUUAAAAAUGUUUGUUACUAGAGUCUAGAUUAAUGCUUCAUUGGUAGCUAUAAUCACCACUGUUAUUCUAAAAUUAAUUGACAUGAAAAAGAAACUAUUGCCAUUUGACUUUGAUAAAUGAUGCUGCAGCUGUGCCGUGGUUAGGGGUAAGAGAGUGUCUGGUUUGAUCUAGGGGCUUUACUGUGAUGAUUUUGAAUGGUCUCCCUCUGCGUGUCUGGGCUCUCUCUCUCAGCUUUCUCCUGCAAUCAAUCAAUUGGUGACUCUAAUUUGCUUGUAGGUGCAAAUUUUAGUGUGUCUGGUUGUUUGUAUGUGUCAGCCUUUGCCACCCACAGUUAGAGCAAGCAGUAGAUAGAUAACAUAUGAACAGAUUGAUCAGUGCUGUCCAAACCCUCUCCAAUCAUACAGGUGUUUGCCGCAACUUGAAGUCUAUUGUGGUCCAGAUUGGUAUAGAGGACUACUUUGAGGACCCUAACAGCCCUGAAGCUAGAAAACUAUUUGAUGAGAUGGUCAACAAGCUGCAGGUAAAAACAUCACUGUUGCUCACAGCACAUCCAGCACACAUGUUUUUACAGUCUGAUCACCAAAUGAAAUCCAUACCAUAAUGAACAAAACCUUUGGCAGACAUGCCCACUUUUAUUUUUCAUGUGUAUUGAAGUAUCUACAUGGAAACACCUUCUGAAAACCAUGACUUUUCUUGAGCGGCCUCAGACUUGCUGAACUUUUUGUUGUCAGAUGAGCAGUUAAGCUUUUCGCAUACUCGGCUCAGAGUAGCACUUGGUGCCAUUUCAGACAUGACCUAUUUAUUCUACAGCUGUACAACUGCAGUCAUCCCACCUUUAGAGCUUUUUACUCCUGUAUGUACGUGGCUAACAGCUUGGCCAGCAGUUAAUUGGAGGAUAAAAAUAGGCCUGUUUUUAUAACAAAUGCACACCAUGUAAAGCAUGACUAAAUUCUGUUGGUCCAGGUGAUGGCUGGUUGAGGCUGUUGUGUUGCUGUGUCAGUCACCGUGAGAGGCUCAGGUCAUUCUGCUACACUUUGCUCUCUCUCUCUCUCUCUCUCUCUCUCUCUCUCUCUCUCUCUCUCUUCUCUCUCUCUGUAUUUCUCUCAGGGAUUGGUAAACCUGACAAUCAAGAGCUUUUGCAUUGACAGUUUACAAAUUCACACUUUAUACAUUUAUACUUUCCAACCAUUAUUUUAACUGUUUUCAACAAAGAAAUUAGGAAAAAUGUCAAAAUAUUUUUGGGGUGGGGUUUUGGUUAUGGCAUUAGGGUUAGGGUUAAGGGUUGGGGUUAGGGUUAAAAUCACUGUCCAGGACCUUUUAUUAGGAGCACGUUUCAGACCAUUUGGAGUCAUUUAGUACAAAAAAGAAUUUGGAUACAUGUAAAAAAAAAAAAAAAAAGUUAGGGUUAUGGUUAUAGUGUUAGGGUAAGGGUUAUGGUUAUAGUGUUAGUGUUAGGGUUGGGGAUAAGGUUAGGGUUGGGGUUUACCAAUUCACACUUUAUACAUUUAUACUUUUCAACCAUUCUUUUAACUGUUUUCAUUAAUUUCUGCAACUUAAAAUUUACCAGAAGCAGUACACUUCAAAACAAAAACAUAGUUUUACAGUGCAAGAUAUAAAGCAACUGAAAUACAUGACUUAAACAAAGUUGAAAAAAAAAAAAAACAUGACAAACAUUCAGUUCAUGAGGCAAUGUUUUCUCCAUAUAAGUUUUGAUCACAGUCCUGGAGAUGUGGCUCAAUCAGAGAUUUGAACAUGAUUAGAAAUUAAUAAUGACAUGUAAGUUAAUUGUGACGAUUAGUCAAGCUUAUCAAAUAGUGUUACGCUUCACUCUUGCCUUGCCUUUUCUUUGACUCAUUUUGUUAUUGUCAGAUUUUUACACAAAUAUCCCAAUAAUAUUGUUGCCAGGUAUUUUAUUGCCAUGAAAACCAUGAGGUAAAAAACUCAUAUACUGACAGCCUUAGUGAGGAAAUGUCCUCAAAGAAAGAUCAGCCAUCAAGGAUUUGUAUAUGUAUUUAAUACUUUGUGAGUACUUGUUUUUUUUUGUGUGUAGCUUUGUUUAGUGAAGCUAAAAUGUAAGAAAUGAACCUGGUAUCUAAAGUAGAGAAUUAAAAUGUCACUUGGAAAAACGGAAAAGUCAUCAGAGGAGAAAAAGAACUAAAUUGAGUGUUUGAUAUGUAAGAGACAAAAAUGUCCCCAAAAGAAAGAUUGUCCAACAAGAGUUAGUCCUUACAAGAAUAUACAAACAAGGAUACAAACACACACACACACACACACACACACACACACACACACACACACACACACACACACACACACACACACACACACACACACACAAAGGCAGUGAAAUCUAAGGCUUUAUUUAUGUUUUGUUUUCUAUGACUCAGUUAACUGUGUUCUUCCUGGAUCUCACCCUCAGGAUGGUGGCAUUGCUCACAGCAGUUAGGUAACUUUUUCAAAAGCUGCAAACAGCUAUGAUUUAUAUUUAUCCCUCCUCUCUUUAUAGUUGCUGUGAAAAGGAAGUAAAAAUCCCCUUGUGUGUUUAAUUAUGUGUUUUCGAAGGGACUUCUGUAGAGGUGAAACUCAUGAAUCAAGAGUCAUCCUUAACCCACUGCAGCUCAGUGCUGAACUGCUCAUUUUUAACUUUCUGUCAUCCAUGAGUCACAGUACAACCUUUCUGUUAACAGGAGGAAGCAAAAAAAAGAAGGAAUGUGGCAGAGUAAAAUGAGAAUUGGGAUUACAAAUAUUUUGAAAACAUUGGUCUUGAUUUCUCUCAGAAAGUCGGCUAAGCGCUUCUUUCUUACAGGCGCUGAAGAAGAGACCCGGCUUCUCCAAAAUCCUCCACGUGAAAGCAGACAGUCUCUGCUAA